CCUCCCUCCCUCACUCACACACUGCGCUCCUGGUUCCCUUGCACGAAGUCCGCUGUGUAUGGUCACCUUGGAGCAUUGAAAGAUAUCGGUCAUCGCCACUCUCGACCUCCCAUACCACCACAGCCAUGUCAGGCCUCCUCCGAAGGCCGCAGAGCAUUGCCCGUUCCUCUCGCCAGCUGCUCGAGGCCGCUUCUCUCUCCCGAACACUCGCACAGCGCCCUGCGUCCCUUCCUAGACCCCUCUACGCAUACGCUCGGAGUCGGCAGUACUCCACCGAGAAGGAGAAUGAUGACAAACAGGUCGACAAGAAGUCGGGCUCGCAGCCGAAGGGCAUGGAGAACCUCUACUCGCAGCAGUCGCCGCUGUCGUCAGAUCCUCAGCAGCCCGGGAAGAAGCCAGAAGAGCCAGAUGAUGGCAAGUCAAAGCUGACUGCGGCUGAGGAGAAGGCUCUUGAGGACACCUUCGCUCUGGUCAAGAAGGGAAUGCCGGCCUCUAUGGCUGCCGAUAUUGACAUGGCGCUGAAGAAGAUCAAGCGGGAGGGCCUGCCUGCGGAGCUGCGCGAAACGAUAGCAGAGGUAUCCAAAGUCGGCAUGUCUCCCGCUCGGGCCGCUAAACUGUGGCGGUUAACCACCCACAUUGCACGACAGACAGCCGAAGACGUUGUGAACGAGAAGCAUGCAGAGCCACAACAAAAGACGUCGGACAAUCCAGGCCCAGCUGGGACAAGCGGCAAUAAAGACAGCGGCAAGAAGAAGGAAGGCCAGUCACCGUUUGGUGCUGUCAAAGAGGUCAAGUUUGACUUGUCCAACUUCCUGGUGUCUGCAUUUGUCGCAUAUAUGCUAUACCGACUAUUCUCGCCAACGGAGAACAGCAGGGAAAUCACAUGGCAAGAGUUCCGGAACACCUUCUUCGACAAAGGUCUUGUGGAGAAGCUUGUCGUGAUCAACGGCAAUCAAGUGCGUGUCUAUCUCCACCGUGAGAACGUAGCGGCCAUGUAUCCAGAGUCCCCCGCGUCACAGCAAGGCUUCUACUACUUCUUCAGCAUUGGUUCUGUGGAGGCUUUUGAGCGAAGAGUAGACGAGGCGCAAAAUGAGCUCGGAAUUCCCAGCUCCGAAAGGAUUCCCGUCUCAUACACCCAGGAGGGCAGCUGGGCCAACCUCAUACUUGGCUUCGGUCCGACGCUGCUCUUCAUCGGCGCCAUUACUUAUAUGUCAAGGCGAGCUGCGUCAGGCGGGGGUGCUGGCGGCGGAGUCUUCGGCAUGGGCAAGAGUCGAGCGAAGAAGUUCAACCACGAGACGGACAUCAAAGUCAAGUUUUCCGACGUUGCAGGAAUGGAUGAAGCGAAGACGGAGAUUAUGGAGUUUGUGGGCUUUCUCAAGGACCCGGCGAGGUUUCAAAAGCUCGGUGCAAAGAUCCCUCGUGGUGCCAUCUUGUCAGGACCUCCCGGGACUGGUAAGACGCUUCUUGCCAAGGCUACAGCAGGCGAGAGUGGUGUGCCUUUCUUCUCCGUUUCUGGCUCCGAAUUUGUGGAGAUGUUUGUUGGUGUUGGUCCCAGUCGUGUACGAGAUCUCUUUGCCAAUGCUCGCAAGAACACGCCCUGUAUCAUCUUCAUCGAUGAGAUCGAUGCCAUUGGAAAAGCUCGUGCGAAGUCAUCGUUUGGUGGCGGCAAUGACGAGCGUGAAAGCACACUCAACCAGAUCCUGACAGAAAUGGACGGAUUCAACACGUCAGAACAGGUCGUGGUACUUGCUGGUACGAAUAGAGCAGAUGUGCUUGACAAGGCACUGAUGCGACCGGGACGUUUCGACAGACACAUCGCUAUCGACCGACCGACUAUGGAAGGCAGGAAACAGAUUUUCGGUGUGCAUUUGAAGAGCAUCGUCACCAAUGAAGACAUGGAGCACCUGAAGGGUCGUCUGUCGGCUCUUACUCCAGGUUUUGCAGGCGCUGACAUCGCCAACUGUGUAAACGAAGCCGCACUUGUCGCGGCUCGUGCUGCCGCAGAAUCCGUUACCAUGGAGCACUUUGAGAAAGCCAUUGAGCGCGUCAUUGGCGGCCUGGAGAAGAAGUCUCUUGUCCUGACACCCGAAGAGAAGAAGACUGUGGCAUACCACGAAGCCGGUCACGCCAUCUGCGGAUGGUACUUCCAAUGGGCUGAUCCACUGCUGAAAGUUAGCAUCAUCCCUCGUGGUGCCGGCGCUCUGGGAUACGCACAAUACCUCCCCGGAGGCGGUAACGACGCAGUGCUUAUGAACGUGAAGCAACUCAUGGACCGCAUGGCCAUGACCCUUGGCGGCAGAGUUAGCGAAGAGCUUCAUUUCGAUACAGUCACUUCUGGCGCCAGCGACGACUUUAACAAAGUGACUCGUAUGGCCACUGCCAUGGUCACCAAAUGGGGCAUGUCCAACCUGGGAUACAUCUACUACCCAUCCAGCGGCGAAACACAAGAAACACAACUGCAAAAGCCCUUCUCCGAGCAAACUGCACAGAACAUUGAUGCGGAAGUGAAGCGAAUUGUCAACGAAGCCUACAAGCAAUGUCGACAAUUGCUCGAAGAGAAGAAGCGUGAAGUUGGACUGGUUGCUGAGGAGCUAUUGAAGAAAGAGAUGAUUGACAGAGACGACAUGGUUCGCCUACUGGGCAAGCGUCCUUGGGCUGAUCCGGGAGAGUUCUCCAAGUAUUUCUCUGGAAGCGGUGACAACAAGCCUCUGGGACCUGCGCCUGGAACGCCUCCGACGGGUGGCAUCGGUGACUCUGACGGAGGCAGUGUACCUCCCCCUCUACCCGGUGCUGGACCUGCGCCUCCUGCUCCUGCGUUGUACAAACAGCUAGAGGAUGCCAGUAAGAGGUGGUGAGGUGUAGUAGUUGCAUCUUUCCAUUUGUACACAUCAAAGCACUACUCGCACCGGCCGUAGAGGCCUUUCUUGAUCUUUUCGAGCAAUGCAACGAAGAAGCAUGGCGUCGUGUCGCGUUGUAGGAGUAUUGGGAGUUCUUCCAGAAGAGCACAGGCGGGCUUGCAUGAGCGGCGGGGGCAUUUUCAGAAAGAAUGAAAGAGCAGACCAUGUCGGCUGCAUGUGAUUUCAUGCACAGGAGGCAUGGCGCUUUGAGGGCGCAUGUGAAAUCCUUUUGCGAAAAAAAAGGCUGUAGAUAAGAAUGCCAUAUGGCAUGGCACAUAACUCCGCUACUACCACCACCAUCAUCACUACUAACUCCCUCCAAUUAU